AUGGCAUGUUGUGAAGUUCAAAAGCUGGAAACUAAAGUUAGUAUGAAAGCUUCUGCUGAGAAAUUCUAUGAUGUUCUAUGCAACAAGACACACCAACUUCCCAACAUUUCCCCUCAAAAUUUACUUUCUGUUCAAAUUCAUAAAGGCCAAUGGGGUACUCAGGGAUCUAUCAUAUCCUGGAAUUAUUUACAUGAGGGAAAAGUUAGUGUGGUUAAGGAGAUCCUGGAAGACAUUGACAAGGAAAAGAAGAAAAUAAGCUUUAGGGUUAUUGAAGGAGAACUGCUGCAACAUUACAAGAGCUUCAAGAUUAUGAUACAAGUUACUCCAAUGGAAGAAGGAAGUACAGUUCAUUGUGUCUUUGAAUAUCAGAAACAGAGACAUCACAUUCCUGAUCCUCAUGCCAUAAUGCAAAUAACACUUCAUAUCAACAACACAAUUAAUGUGCUCUUCAACUACAUUUUGGGAUGCAUUUCGUUUCGUUUCAGCCCCAAACUCACCUUCAAGAAGAUAAUACAGUCUGUUGAAAUUCAGAAUGGAAAAUGGGGCACUGAGGGAUCCAUUUUGACCUAUAAUUACAUACUUGAUGGGAAGAUUUGUGUGGCGAAAAAGUUGGUUGAAGUUGUAGAGAGGGAAAACAACAAAGUGAACAUGAAGAUUAUAGAGGGUGACGUUCUGGAGCAUUACAAGACCUUCAAAUCUAAUUUGCAAGUUACUCCAAAGGAAAAUGGUAGUGUGGUGCAGUGGAUAAUAGAGUUUGAAAAACACCAAAACAACAUUCCUGAUCCUCAUAUCCUGUUGCAAAAGGCAGCUGAAAUCACCAAGGACAUUGAUUCUUACCUUACUAAGAAAUAAAACCUCGUAUAUGUAUCUAAGAAAUAACGAUUAUGUGAAUUAUGGGGCCUAAUAAUUAAUUACCCCUUAAUUGCAUCAAUCUUAUGUAUUAAGUGCUUGUAAUAAAGUGCAUCAGUAACUACUAUGUAUAGGAGUGACUGGGCACCUUUGUGUUA